UGUAUCACGGAUAUUGCAGAAGGAAGUUAGUUCUUAUUUUCAACAUCGUAUAGUUAAAUGACUCCUUGUCCUGCGCUAGACAAUAGAACAAAAUGUGCUGAAACAAGUCUCUUCUUUCCGUUGUGUUAAUUUGUCAAGUGUAUGUGCAAAAUGUGACACAUGUUUGGUUGUUUUAACAUUUAGUGAUUCAAGUAAAGAUUACUAAAAUUACGAGAUGUAAUUUACCUUUUAUGUACAUGAUUGUGUUACUCUGAUAAUGAUUCGUUAGCACUAAUGUGCUAUGGCACUUGUUACGAUUCGACGUUCUUCGAGUAUACAAACACCAAGAAAAACGGAUGAGGCAGCCAGGUCAAGCGAAAGCCUUGAGGACGAUGUCGGAAACCGUGUCAGCAAGAGCCUCAAUGAGUGCUACUUCGCGAACAAGGGCGCGGCGCUGGUGCUCGCGGGCUGCGAGCGGCGGCGGUCGCCGGCGCACGCGCUCGCGCCGCCGCCGCAGCCACAGCCCGACAUCCAGCACCACCUGCAGGCCAUGUUUUACCUGCUGCGGCCUGAGGAGACGCUCAAAAUGGCGGUGAAGUUGGAGUCGGCGCACGGCGGUCGCACGCGGUACUUGGUGGUGGUGUGCCACAACGACGAGGCCGCGCUGCUGGGCAUCGACUGCAACGCGCGCACCACCGUCGGCCUCGUGCUGCGAGUGCUCGCCGACACGUCGAUCAAGCUGGACGGAGAUGGGGGCUUCAGCGUUUGUGUGUGUAAUCAACAGCACAUAUUCAAGCCGGUGUCUGUGCAGGCCAUGUGGUCAGCGCUGCAGACGCUGCACCGCGCCAGCGGGCGAGCGCGGGCGCUCAACCACUUCGCGGGCGGCGUCUCGCACGCGUGGUGCGCGCACUAUGAGGCCCGCGUGGACUCCGACCGCUCCUGCCUCAACGAGUGGCAUGCCAUGGACUGCAUCGAGUCCCGCCGACCACCUUCGCCAGAUUCGCUGCGGCUGAAGCCACGCGAGCGCGACGAAACGGAACGCGUGAUCCGAUGCACCCUCAAAGAAAUCAUGAUGAGCGUGGAUCUAGACGAGGUGACGAGCAAAUCCAUCCGAGUACGGCUCGAGGACGAGCUGGACAUGGACCUGGCCGAGUACAAGUCGUUCAUCGACCACGAGAUGCUGACGAUCCUGGGCCAGAUGGACGCGCCCACAGAGAUCUUCGACCACGUGUACCUCGGCUCCGAGUGGAACGCGAGCAACUUGGAGGAAUUGCAGAGAAAUGGAGUAAGACACAUAUUGAAUGUGACUCGAGAGAUAGAUAAUUUUUUCCCCGGUGUGUUCGAUUACCUAAAUAUAAGAGUGUACGACGACGAAAAGACUGACCUACUGAAACACUGGGACAACACAUUCAAAUACAUAAACAAAGCCAGGAACGAAGGUUCAAAAGUAUUAGUCCAUUGCAAAAUGGGCAUCAGCAGAUCCGCGUCCGUCGUGAUCGCGUACGCCAUGAAGGCGUACAACUGGAACUUCGACAAGGCUCUCAAGCACGUCAAGGCGAAGCGGGGCUGCAUCAAACCCAACACCAACUUCCUCAACCAGCUGGAAACCUACCAGGGCAUACUCGACGCCAUGAAGAACAAGGAGAAGCUGCAGAGGUCCAAGUCGGAAACUAAUCUCAAGUCGCCAAAGUAUAUUUCGAAGAGCGAGAACAAAGUGACGGAUCCGACGCCGCUGGUGCUGGCGCUGACGGGCUCGUACUCGGGCCGACCGCGGUCCUGGUCGCCCGACACCAAGCUGGCCUCCGAGCUGCUGCCUCCCACCUCCGUCUCCCUCGAGAACCUCGCCCGCGAGACGCGGCACAUGCUCAUGCCCUACGGCGACGGCUCCUACAGCGUCUCGCCCAACCAGAUCAUCCGCCUCAAGGAGGAGGGCGCGCCCUCGGUCAAACACAUCGUGCACGAGAUCGAGACCGCCGCCUCCGGCGACCGGCGCGAGAACAAGAGGUACCAGCGGCUAAACUUCGCCACCGGCGAGUCCUCCACCAACAGAUCCUCGGACGCGUCCGCCGAGCCGCCGGGCAAACCCCCGCAGGUGUCCCCCCUGCGAAACUUAGGUCACAAAUACCCUCCCUCGAAUCUAGAUUCUGAAAAAAUACACACGUGGGACCCCGGGGAGCCCGCCUGGCAGAAGCCCGAGGAGAACGUGAACGAUAAUAUAGUGAAAAGUGACAGUGGUAUCGUAGACGUGAAGACGAAACUGAGUGACGUUUUAUCUAAUUUAGUCGACCGGAACGACUGCGACGAGAGGGCCGCCGACGAGGAGGUCCCGCCGAGCCGGCAGAGCUCGUGGAGCUCGUUCGACAGCGCCGUCGUGCCCGACCUGUCGCGCCACUCGUCCUGGGGCUCGUACGACACGCGGCCGCGCGACAAGCGGCCCAAGGACGAGCCCGCGCUCGCGCCCGCCGCCAAGCCCGACCUCGGCAGCAUCCGCGAGCACGCCGAGCCGCGCCGCCGCGCCGACGUCUCCGACAACGAACGCAAGUUCAACGAAACCUGUGCCAUACUGAAGGAGUUCGUGACGGCGGCGGCGCGCAUGCAGCGCGGCGCCUCCACGUGGAGCGGCCGCCUGUCCGCGUCCGCGCCGGCCGACACGUGGCUGCGCUCGGGGCCGCGCCGGCGCCGCCUGGCCGCCGCCUCGUACGGCGACCUGCCGCGCGCCGCCGCGCCGCAGCCGCAGGGCCUCGUCAGCAACCUCAAGAAGGAGUUCGAGGCGCGCUCCAAGUCGCGGACGCGCGACGGGCGGGAGCGGGUGCCGAGCUCGCCGCCGGCCGGCGAGGACGUGUCGGUGCGGGUGCUGGUGGACCGCUGGGACCGGCCGAGCCGGGCGCGCUGCGAGUCGGCGUCGGAGCCGCGGCGGCCGCCGACGCUGCGCAACUCGUUCUGCGGCGCGCUGCGCGGCUCGAGCGCGGGUGCGGAGCGGCCGCCGAUCGCGCCCACGGUGCUGUCGAUCCCGCCGCUCGACUACUCCGAUGUGGUGGUAUCGACUGUGAUGUCGAAAGCUCAAAACAAAAAACAGUUGCAACACGGGAAGACCCACCCGUUGACGAGGCUCAACUUGAAUCGGUCGAAUAACAAUAGAUGUUCAAAUCCUGUAUAUAAUACUAUGUAGAAGUAUUUAUGUUUUUUUUUAUUUAUUAUGUUAUGAAUGUAGACCGGUGAUUUGGGUGCGCGAAUGGUCCGACGGAAUUCAUUUUAAUGAUGUCGUAAAGAAUUUGUCUACAAAUUGUUUCGAUGUAUAUUUAUUAUAGUAUGUUUUAGGCCGCUUGUAUUUGUAAUGUUUACAAUGUACGCUACAGGAAAUGACCAAGUGUUUUGACAUCCGUUUACGUUAAGAUAAUAAGGAAAACCGCCGACCGGCCCGUUUUAGAGGCACAACAUUAAGCGUGUACGCUUUGCGCUUCGGCGGCCGCCGGGCCAUUGGUGCGCCAGCGCAACCGAUCUAGUCGUAUAUUAUGAAUUCUUGCCAAACUCGAUAUUUUAUCUUUGUAGAGUUUUAUAUACUGUUUACAAAAUGAAAUCACAGUGUAUUUGUCUAUCACGUAAAAUUAAGCGGCUGUUUGUGCGUAGAAAAAUGUUAAAAGAGAGAAUAAAUUCAAUACAACUGAUGUACAACUUU